CACCAUUUCCUUUUGUUCACCAGUCACCCGCUUACCACGCCUCUCCUUCUACUGUCCCUAUCUCGCCACAAAUUUCUUACUUUUGUUCUCUUUAUUUCCAGAAUUUUCUCGUAAAAUAAAAUCUUCAUUUUAUUUCUCAAAACCAGAAAUCUAAAGCAUUUUCGAAAAUCUUUCAACGUUCUAUCGCUUUUGUUUUAUUUCUCUCCCAUCAAAAGCAAAAAAUUUUGAAGCUGAAAAAAAAAAAAGAAAAAGAAAAUUGCGGCAAUAUUUUGCAAGAUUGGUGGGAGAGUCGAAGAUUCACGUGGGAAAAUUUCGAAACGGUGGAACUUUGGAUUCUCUUUUUGUUUUUUCCCCUAAGCUUUCUCUUCAAAUUCGCUUGCUUCUUGAAAUUGCUUGUUGUUUUUAUUCGAUAAUACCACAAAUUAUUUGCAAAAAAAAAAAAAAAAAACGUUGAAAGGAGCUGAAAUACGAUUACACGAAUGCUUUGUUGAUGCCUGCUGUUGAUUCUCCAAAACGAUUCCAGUUCUUAAGGAUUAUGAGAACUGAAAGUUUUUGAAUGGACAGUUCCGAGACAUAACUUUUCGAAGAUAUGCAGUGUUGAAGGAAAAUCUAAAUCCAAAGCUCUGGACUAUCUCCGCAUUCCAUUAGAAUCAAUUGGUUGUUCUGUAAAUUGUGAUAAAACAAAGAGAUCAAUAUGGUGUCACCGCAGUUAGCUGUUGUCUUUUCCAAGUUGCAAACGCUGUCAACUUCAGACCAUGCGUCUGUGGUCUCUAUGAACUUAUUUGUCGCGCUUCUUUGUGCUUGUAUUGUUAUCGGUCAUCUUUUGGAGGAGAAUCGAUGGAUGAAUGAGUCAAUUACUGCCCUUGUCAUUGGUGUAUGUACUGGGGUCAUUAUUUUGUUGACGAGUGGGGGAAAAAGCUCACAUCUUUUAGUCUUCAGUGAAGACCUUUUUUUUAUUUAUCUUCUGCCCCCUAUUAUAUUCAAUGCUGGGUUUCAGGUGAAAAAGAAGCAAUUUUUCCGUAACUUUAUCACCAUUGUGCUGUUUGGGGCUGUUGGUACAUUAAUAUCUUGUACAAUUAUAUCUUUAGGUGUUAUUCAGUUCUUUAAGGAAAUGGACAUUGGCUCAUUGGAUAUUGCAGAUUUUCUAGCAAUUGGUGCAAUCUUUGCUGCAACAGAUUCUGUUUGCACACUGCAGGUGCUUAAUCAGGAUGAGACUCCACUACUCUACAGUCUGGUUUUUGGAGAGGGUGUUGUAAAUGAUGCAACAUCAGUGGUGCUUUUCAAUGCAAUCCAGAGUUUUGACCUCACUAAUAUCAACCCCAGAAUUGCUUUGGAGUUUAUUGGCAACUUUUUGUAUUUAUUUUUAUCAAGCACUAUGCUGGGAGUGGUUGUUGGGCUGGUAAGUGCUUACAUCAUCAAAAAGUUGUACUUUGGCAGGCACUCAACAGAUCGUGAGUUUGCUCUUAUGAUGCUUAUGGCAUACCUUUCAUAUAUCAUGGCUGAACUGUUCUAUUUGAGCGGCAUUCUCACGGUGUUCUUUUGUGGGAUUGUAAUGUCACAUUAUACCUGGCACAAUGUUACUGAGAGUUCAAGAGUAACUACCAAGCAUGCUUUUGCUACCUUGUCAUUUGUUGCUGAGAUUUUUAUCUUUCUUUAUGUUGGCAUGGAUGCCUUGGACAUUGAGAAGUGGAGAUUUGUAAAUGAUAGCCCUGGAACAUCAGUAGCUGUCAGUUCUGUACUGCUAGCUCUGGUUAUGGCUGGACGAGCAGCUUUUGUGUUUCCCCUGUCAUUUUUAUCCAACUUAGCGAAGAAAUCAGCUGGUGAAAAAAUCAGCUUUAGGGAACAAAUUAUAAUAUGGUGGGCUGGUCUCAUGAGAGGUGCUGUGUCUAUGGCACUUGCAUAUAAUCAGUUUACAAGGGCAGGGCACACUCAAUUGCGAGGGAAUGCAAUUAUGAUUACAAGCACUAUAACCGUUGUUCUGUUCAGCACUGUGGUUUUUGGUAUAAUGACUAAACCUCUAAUAAGGUUCUUGCUGCCACAUCCCAAAGUAACAUCCAGCAUGCUCUCAGACCCAUCUACUCCAAAAUCGAUUACGGUGCCAUUUCUUGGAAGUGGCCAGGACUCCUUUGAAGAUAGUCUAGGCGGAAUUCAGCGGCCAGGCAGCAUCCGUGCACUCCUUACAACUCCAACGCACACUGUUCAUCACUACUGGCGCAAGUUUGAUGAUGCAUUCAUGCGCCCCAUGUUUGGUGGCCGGGGUUUCGUGCCCUUUUUUCCUGGCUCCCCUACAGAAAGGAAUGAACACAAUCCACCUCAAUGGCAAUGAGAUGGCUGAACAAGAUGUACAAAAACAUAUAUAUGUACUAUGCAUCGGAGUUGGUCACAAAAACAUGAACAUCUUGUGAAAAUUUUGAGACAAAUUUUCAGCAAGACUGGAGAGAAGCCAGCGCAGUAAGUUCUGUUAUUACCUCUGAUAUGUAUAUAUCAUGUAAAGGUUCCUCUUUAUUCCUCCGACAACCAUGUUGACAUCCUAAUGUACUCUUCUGUUGAUAUUUGAGAGUUUAAAAUGUAAUUUUUAAGAUUUGCAUCGCCUUUUGGUAGGCUUGCCCUUUUAUUUUGCAUCUGCAUGUAUGAAUUAUCUCACACGUUGAGAAGUUCAUUUGGUAUAUUAAAGUCAAAAGUGUGAUGGAAGUACAAGGUAGUCUUUUAUUAAAUUCUCUUUUUCGCAAA